CAAGUUCAUUGUUCGCCCGUUCCAGUAUCCGCGGAGCAUUUUCUUUCGUUCGAUCGCCUUUUAUGCUCUCUGCCGCUAACUAAACCAGAGGACACCACCAACAUGGCUGUAAACGUCUACUCCACAAAUGUGACGUCAGAGAAUCUCUCGCGCCACGAUAUGCUAGCUUGGGUUAACGAUUGCCUCCAGUCGCAAUUCUCAAAAAUCGAGGAGCUCUGCACAGGUGCAGCUUACUGUCAGUUCAUGGACAUGCUGUUUCCCAAUUCAGUGCCAGUAAAGCGUGUCAAAUUUCGUACCAAUCUGGAGCACGAGUACAUACAGAACUUCAAGAUAUUGCAGGCGGGCUUCAAGAAGAUGUCUGUGGAUAAGAUUAUACCCAUUGACAAAUUAGUCAAGGGUCGCUUCCAAGACAAUUUCGAGUUUUUGCAAUGGUUUAAAAAGUUCUUCGAUGCCAAUUACGAUGGCAGGGAUUACGAUGCCAGCGCGGUGCGCGAGGGAGCCCCAAUGGGCUUCGGAUCGGGAGCGGUAAAGUCACUGCCCGGCACGGCGGCAAGCGGCGUGUCCAGCAGCUAUCGACGUGGCCCAUCGGCAACGACACGCCCAGCAAUGACGUCUGCAGUGAAGCCCACAGUAUCCAAGGUGCUGCCGCGCACGAACAACGCAGCCCCAGCGAGCAGAAUAAACGCCUGUGCCAACAGCACGGGCACGGUCAAGAAGAACGACGUGAGCAAUUCGGUCAACAAUCAACAAAUAGAAGAGAUGUCAAAUCAGGUGAUGGAUAUGCGCAUAAACCUGGAGGGAUUGGAAAAGGAGCGAGACUUUUACUUCUCUAAGUUGCGGGAUAUUGAAAUUCUUUGCCAAGAAGCCGAUGACGCCGAGGCGCAUCCGAUCAUACAAAAGAUUUUGGACAUCUUAUAUGCGACUGAGGAUGGUUUUGCGCCGCCUGACGAUGCACCACCAGAGGACGAGGAGUAUUAAUUUGAAACGUGAACGAAAACCCACUAAAUUCAUUUGCUGCAUACAUAUUCAAAACAUAAGUCAAGAAGCAUGAUGAAGGGGACAGAGUUUAUUAUUUAGACAGAAUCCAAGAAGACGUUAAGCAAAAACGAGAAGACUAACAAAUGAAGAGUGUUUGAUUUCCUAGGCCGAGGCUGACAGCAGGAUCGCCACGUGAUUAAAUAGUUAUUCUUCAAACAUUUAUUUGAUACGAACGCGUCGUCGCUUAACAGAUAGAGACGGGAUUUUUUUCGAUUCAAAAUUGUACCCACGAUAAUUUUGCUGAUGUUGCCGAUGUGUGUGAACCAUCAACCAUUUCAUAUUUAAAUUGUUUGUAUAUUAGCGGAAUAAACGAACCAAAUCUCGAUAUCUAAUGGAAAGCCAGCCUACCCUUUUCAAAAUUCUUUUUUGAAAGGUUCACAGACUCGUAACUAAGAAAAUUUAGAAUGCUCAGCUUGCAAAUUUACUUUGAUUUAGAUUAGCUCUUUGUAUCACAUGGUUUACAUGGUUGAUUUAUAUCCUAUUAAGCACAUUUAUAAUUUUUGUUUAAGUAAAACUUUUCACUAGCUGACUUUUGUCGUUUUGAGUGUUGUAUGUAGUGGAUCACAAGAGCCGAACCAACGGUAUUUUGUACUUUCGAUUUCUAUUUUUAAAUAAUUGGCUUCAUAACAAAAUGAUUGUAUAAAAUAAGUGAUUUUUGCUCUCAAUUUUUUAAGUUCUAUAUUUAUGUGUAAAACAGGCAGAACUCGUUAAAAAGUUUGAAUAAAAGCGAACGUCUAAACACAACUUUUUGAUUUCCGGCUUUCACAUUACAUCACUACGCACGGACAAGUUACUCCAAGCGGAAACUUUCACCCCUCCAUUUCUCUUCUCUGAUCAUUGUAAAUAAUUUGUUAACACACCACACCACUCACAUGAUAGUCAACCUGUCCUUUCGACAGACACAAGUAAAUGUAUGAUUAUGCUCACACACCACAGCAUCGAGUGUGCCACCCACGCCAUGAUCUAUAACCUAAUUCUAGAAUAAAAACAUGUGUUGCUUGAUUC